AUGGAGGAGCUGGUGGAGAAUGAUGGUAACAUUGAGGAUCAUAUGCAGGUGGAAAAUGCUGUGUUUGCUGAAACAGGCAAGGAGGUUAUGAUACAGGGUGAGACUCUGGAGGCGCCUGUUGCCGCUAUGGAUGCAGCAGCGAUGCCGGAGAAGCGGUUGGAGCGCAAACAGGGUGCCCAAAAGAAGGUUUUUAGGGCAACGGUAGGUAUUGGAAGUGGAGCGAUACGGAGGUUGACACAGGCGGCCAAAACACCAAAAAAGAAGGUCAUUAGCAAGGCCGCUACUAAAGGUGUGGGAAAGGCAGGAAUGGGAGACGAUCCAUCGGGAGAGGAUCAACCAGAGGAUAAAGUUACUUAA